AUGACGACCCAAUUGAAUUUAUUCUUCGCAAUGGUCAUCAUCUCCACCAUCAUGACUUCAAUCCAAGCUGGAUCAUGUUGGGUGCAAGAUGAUAAUGGGCUAUGCCGACAAUUAAUCACCAGUGGUAAAGCUGUCACACGUCAAUCCUGUUGUAAUGAUGGCCGCCCAAAUACUGGCUAUAGAGAAGGAGACUUAGCAUCGGAACAAAAGUGGGAAAUAUCGAUUGGAAUGCCACUCUCUGUCAUAUGUUCACCAUGUUACCAAAAUUGCUCCAAAGUCACAUGCGAGACUGGACAACAAUGUCAAAUGAUCAAUGGAGCACCCAAAUGUGUUUGUAAACCUGAUUGCUCAGAUAUUAAAUAUCAUGGACCUGUUUGUGCACAUCAUGAGCAAAAAGGGUUUGUAACUUAUCCCAAUAUAUGUGCUAUGAGAAGAGAUUCUUGCACCAAUCGCCAUGAAAUAACAAUUUUGUAUCAUGGAAUUUGUUUAGAUUCUUGCGAAUUUAUCCGUUGCUCUCCCAAUGAAAUGUGUUAUCCUAAGACAAGCUUUACGCCUAAAGCAAUGUGUGUCUCCUGUAAAAUCAAUCCCAGAUGUCCAAAAGAUCACUCUGCUAAUGAGCAUGUUUGUGGCACUGAUGGUCGCACUUAUGUUAACGAAUGUGCAUUGAGGAAAGUCAUUUGCAGAAGAGGUGUAGAAGUUCAAGUUGCUUACAAAGGAAAAUGCCACAGAUCGAAUACAUGCCAAAAUAUACAAUGUAGUGAUGGCAAAGUUUGUUUAACCGAUCCAAAGACCAAUAGCCCCCGCUGCAGUACUUGUUCAAAUCUUCCAUGCAAUGUCUCUCUCAAUCAUCCAAUUUGUGGCAACAAUGGUAAAACUUAUAAAAACUGGUGUAUUAUGCAUCAGCAUUCCUGCCAAACUAAAACAUUCAUUAAAUCACAAUAUAACGGCUCUUGUAAAGAAAAUGAUGCCCACUAUCGAUCAUUGAAAGAUUCAUUAGUCAGCCAAGAUGAAAACUCCCCAGAUAAUUCCAAAAUAGGAGGUGAUAUUGGUGUCAGCGAUACUACUCCAUUACCUGCUCCAAUCACCGCUAGCGCUGAUGGCGAAGAAUAA